CUCCAAAUUCACUGAACAUUUCCCAACCUUUUGAAAUUAGUUUUUAACUGGGAAUUUUUAAAAGUCCCUGAAAUUGGCUGUGUAAUGUCGCGUUACCUGUACGCCGAUCACAUUUUGGAGGCCUUCAACGUAUUCCAUAGACCUCUGGUGCUGGACGAGGUGGCUGGAUAUGUGGCCGAAAUGGAGGCCAAGUCCGUGGACGAGGUGCGAUUGGCGGUGGAUAACACGUUGACUGCCGGCUGGAUGCACGGAUUCCUGACCAUCGAGGAUGGCAUGUUCACUCUAUUCUGCGGCUAUUGGGAUGAAGAAAAACCUGUUGAGGGCAAGAAAAGUCGACGACACUUGACCAAACCGAUGCUGAGGAGCUCCUAGUUGGACCUCCCUCGUUCCUUCGACCGUACUGAAUCACCCCUGAAGAAUCUGGAAGCCCUUUACUAAAUGAUGAUCUACCCGAAUCGCUUGGGAUGUGCAUUUUUGCGAGCAGAUUAUGUCCGCUUUCAAAGUCGUAAGGCGUCAACUUUAACUAGAAAUAUACAUCCCUAUAUAAACCAUCA